CUUACUCGUGCAAAUUAAUUCCAAAUUGAACUCUUAACCGUAUGAUUACCUAUACUAUUUUUUUAGCGCGUAGCAGCCAAAAACUCAAAGACAGGAGGCAUCGAACACUAUUCAGGUGAACACAUUUUAGUGGGGUAGGCUUUACCGGACCAUUCCCCACCGGAGAAUCUGGUUAAAAGUCUUAUUAUAUGAGUGGGAAAAUUACGUCUUUGUGAUUGGCCGAGAGCAGGCCAAUUUAUCGUAAAUUCUUAAUUUGCACUGCAGUGCAAAUUAACGCGCGUGCAUUCGCAGUUUAGACGGUCAUGCAAUAAAUGAGUAAUCGUAAGAGAGCUCGAUCAAUUAGGGAUUUACACUACUCGUGAUACUGAUUUGAAAUUCUUUCAAAUGUCACUCGCAUAAAAAGCUCGUGCAAUUUUGAGAGAACUUUCAUACGAUUACCUAUACAAAUCCACAAAGCACUAACUAAAUUUCACUGCCCUACUCCACGCUCCCCUCAUUUUAUUGUUUAUCUCUGGACAAAGUAUGGAACUGUAAAUAUCUCUCGUAAAGCAAAAUUGAGUUUUAACAGUGAAUAUUAUGAUUGAUUUUCUGUCUUACCUAGAAAGCAUUGGAUUCCAGUGUCUUGGGAUGAAUGCGUCAACACCUACCCGGUUAACAUUCCGUCUCGCUCAGUCUGGCGAUUUCGAUGCAGUUGUAAAACUAUCUGACGGAAUUUACGAUGGACAAGACUAUCUUCCGUUAACAUUUCACAAAUGGCUUCAGAGGGACAAUUUGGUUGUUCUACUUGCUUAUUCUGGCGACAAACUUGUCGGUUUAACAGCAUGCUUUGUGGUAGAUGAAGGUCGGACAUUUAUCCGUCGAGCAGAACGAAUUCUGGCCGAGCUUCGAGGCCAAGGUCUUGUGCGACAACUGAGAGAAUAUGCAAGAAAAUAUGUCAGAGAACAUUAUCCCAGUGUACAACGAGAACGAUUCACGACUUCUGCGGAUCUUGUAAGUUCUGUGGAUCAAAGAAAGCUUUUAGAGCUGGAUAUCUUUUCAUGCCAUGUUCAAAAGAAAUUUUACGGUGAAGUUGAAAUGUCCAGGACCAAUUCGGUGGAGAUAGAGAUACGCUCGAGAAAAUAUUUUUCCAAAGUUAUUCUCUCGGGUCCAGUGAAAGGCCAUCUAUUUCCGGACAACAUCAUCGUCCUGAAUUGGUGUCCUUUCGAGCCUACCCGAUCAAAUAUCGAUCACAUUCUACAAGAGAGCGAUGGAGUUUUUGUCGAAAAAUGUCCUGACCAUGUUUCACCAAAAUCGCUCAGCUUUGGAACUUUUUUACCAUGUGUAAAAUUCGCAGAAUGGCUGUCUGUAGUUUACACCAAAGAUCCCGUCCUUUUUCAAGCGCAUCUCUUGCACCAAUUGAAGCGCGCCUGUGAAGUAAUCGAUGGUAAUUUUAUUUUCAUUUCUUUUCAAGACAAAGACUUAACUCCUUUGGUAAGGAAAGUAAUGGGAGAACCGCUGCAACUGAACGAAUACGAUUGCUUCUCAAAAAAGACGUUGUAAGUGUAUGAAAUUGAUGCCUCAAGGCAAACUUGACACAAUUUCACUUCCCUAAGAGUCUCGGUAAUGUCUCGCUAAGGUAACUAACUAGUAACUCACUGAAAAGAUACACUGAAAAACAGACGUCUGACAAGUAUGGACUACAAUGCGUUUCGCUUCGCUCGCCUACUCGUCUACCGAACCCUCGUCGCUCGUGCCGCAGCGCAUGACAGCCUGGCUGCUGCACACGUGUUUAAAACUCAUGUACUUCUUAGGAAUGUAACAUACGGCAAGUGCUGUUUUUGCUGUUUUUUUGGCUAGUUUUGCCGUUUAAAGAAAGAAAGAAUUUUAUAGCGUUUAGUAAAAAACAUAUAAUGGUACUGUAUUUACAAAUGUUCGACACACAAAAUUAUAUUCUUUUCAAAAUCUGAGGCUCGGAUUUAUUCUUAAAUUAUUCCUAAAAUUUCGCAAAUUUCAGCCUCGAUAUUGUUAUAAAAUAUAUUCUUGUAGUAAAAGAGAGUGUACGUAGAAAACAUAAGCCACGGGAAAGUAUAUAUAUGUGCCCAAAAGGGUGUUAACUGGCUACAGAAUACCCGCGAAAAGCUUAUGUUAACUUUUAGCAGAUUUAUGGCCGCUAAUGCCGCUAAAUUCUUGCGUAGUUAUGAUCAUUUAUUGUCUCCAACUAGGUUCUAUAUUGUUUGUGUUUUCACGAGGACAACUUUGGCUAGAUAAAGUCGGAAAAGUCCGGAAAUGCAGUGAAAACGGUUCGUCUUGAGUUUAGCGAUUUUAAAAUGCACGCUGUUUUCACCAGAAAAAACAAGCGAUUAUCUCGCCAAUAUGACCGGAAAUUCACGCCAAGUUAUACUACCUCGCGAGAUGGUAUAACUUGUCCUGGUAAGUGCCGCAGCCAAUCACAUUGUGCGUAGUGACAGACGCCUGCCAAAGAAUUUGCCAAUAGUAUCUACCAGACGCUCGUAUCGCGCGGCAGACGAGUUCAACAGUCCUUCUCAUUGAUUUCGGUUUACCAUAUUCCUACGGUCCCGCUAGAUUCUCCAGUUCUUCGGCCAUGACACGGCGUCGCCUGACAUUUCGAACAAGUUCCUGCAUUAAAAC